AUAUGAAAAAGGUUUGCAACUGGGUAAUUUUAAUGGUAAGGAUUUGCUGAACUAACAAAUUGAACUGGAAUACAAAAAGGGAGGUAUGAGGAGGUCCGGGAAAUAAGUAUAGGGAAGAUAGGUUAUGGAAAAUUAAUGUCUUUUUAACUGUUUAUUUGGUAUGUUUCUUUUUAUUUAUUUAUUUUUUAAACUUUUUUUGGUUAUAUUUUAAAAAAAACUUUAUUCUUCUUCUUUUUGUAUUCUGUAUUUUUUGUAUUUUUUGAAACUUUAAUAAAUAUCAUUUUUUUUUUUUAAAAAAAAAUGAAGCUCAAAUAUCCUACUUGUUGGAGAAAAUAAUAAACCAAACCAUUCCCGUUCCACUCCGUGUGCACUGUGAUUUUAUUUUUUCAAAACGUAUAUUUCAUACCUGGAGCACAGCCCCUUGGAACGUUCUGGGUGCUAGAAAAAAAUGCCAAGGACCGUUUGGAAUAAUUGGAACCGAACGUUGAAUGUAACUAGUGGAUUCUGUGAAGGGAUGAACGCGAACUGGAAUCACUUCCGUUCUGGACAUCUUGAAAUUGAACUAGUUCCUUUAAAAAUGUGCUCUCUGGGCUCUGUCACUAGCAAGCUUCCUUUGCUUACACUUAUCCAGCAUAUUUGUAAUCUGUUCUUUCCUAAGUGAAACUUGGUUGUGCUUACAAUAAGGGUGUGAAUUAUAGAAUCGUGGAGGUGGAAGCGAGCCCCAGGUCUAGUCCCACUAAAGCAUCCAUGACAGAUGGCCAUCCAUUAAAUGUGUUGCUUUUUAGUUGUUGAAAUAAAUAAAAAAAUUGUCCAGUAGCACCUUAGAGACCAACUAAGUUUGUUCUUGGUUGUUGUUUAGUCAUUUAGUCGUGUCCGACUCUUCAUGACCCCCUGGACCAGAGCACGCCAGGCCCUCCUGUCUUCCACUGCCUCCCGCACUUUGGUCAAACUCAUAUUAGUAGCUUUGAGAACACUGUCCCACCAUCUCGUCCUCUGCCGUCCCCUUCUCCCAACAUCUUUCCCCUUCCCAACAUCAGAGUCUUUUCCGGGAGUCUUCUCUUCUCAUGAGGUGGCCAAAGUCUUGGAGCCUCAGCUUCAGGAUCUGUCCUUCCAGUGAGCACUCAGGGCUUAUUUCCUUCAGAAUGGAGAGGUCUGAUCUUCUUGCAGUCCAUGGGACUCUCAAGAGUCUCCUCCAGCACCAGAAUUCAAAAGCAUCCAUUCUUCGGCAAUCAGCCUUCUUCAUGGUCCAGCUUUCACUUCCAUACAUCGCUACUGGGAAAACCAGAGCUUUUACUAUACAGACCUUUGUUGGCAAGGUGAUGUCUCUACUUUUCAAGAUGCUGUCUAGGUUUGUCAUUGCUUUUCUCCCAAGAAGCAGGCGUCUUUUAAUUUCGUGGCUGCUGUCACCAUCUGCAGUGUUCUAGGUUCUAAGUUUGUUCUAGGUAUAAGCUUUUGUGUGCAUGCACACUUCUUCAGUUACCAUGCACACAAAAGCUUAUACCCAGAACAAACUUAGUUGGUCUCUAAGGUGCUACCAGACAAUUUUUUAAUUUAUUUCGACUGCGUCAGACCAACACAGCUACCUACCUGUUUUUAGUUGUUGUUAUGGAGGAAAAAAAUCCUCAAUAAAAGAGCAAGAUAAUUGAAAGGUACUCAAUCUGUUUCUCCUACAAAAAAAGUAAGAAAAAAAGUUGACAAUUCUGAAAUAGUGUGUUAACUGAGCAGCUGCCUUUUGAAACGUGCUUUGUGUUUGUUGUUUUCCUUAAAGAUGGUCAGCGAGAAGGUUGGAGGAGCAGAGGGCACCAAGCUAGAUGAAGACUUCAAGGAAAUGGAAAAGGUGAGUAGAGGAAAAGCAACGUUGCACAUGGGUGCAAUGCGGGGAUGGCACAUUCAUGUCUAUGCUCUGGUAACCUCGAGGUUAGAUUACUUCAAUGCGUUAUACGUAGGGCUGCCUCUGAAGAUGGUUCGAAAACUUCACCUGGUACAGAAUUGAGCGGCCAGGUUGCAAGACGGUCUGAGCAUCUUCCACCGAUCCUGGUCUCCCGGUCCAACUGCAUUGGCUACCAAUGAGUUUCCAGGCCCACUUCAAAGUGCUGGUCCUGACCUAUAAAGCCUUAAACGGCUCAGUGCCACAAUACCUCAAGGACUGCCUCUUUCCAUAUGAACCUACCCACACCCUGAGAUCAUCUUCCAAGGCCCUCCUUCAUGUGCCUCCUCCUCGAGAGGGGCGGAGGGUGGCAACACGAGAACGGGGCCUUCUCUGCAGUGGCUCCCCGUCCGUGGAAUGCUCUCCCCAGGGAAGUUCACCUGCCGCCUUCAUUAUACACCUUUAGGUACCAGGCAAAAACGUUCCUUUUUAAUCAGGCCUUUGGUUGACCUGAUGGACAUAUACCCUUUUAAAAUGUGGCUCUUUUGGGGGGGUUGUUAUUGGGUUAUUGAUAUUAUUUUUAUUUUAUAUACUGUGAUCUUUUUAUGUGAACUGCCCUGAGACCUCCCGGUAUAGGGCGGUAUAUAAAUUCAAUCACCACCACCACCACCACCAUAACAUAUGCGGGUGGCACUGUGGACUAAACCACUGAGCCUCUUGGGCUUGCCGUUCGGAAGGUCGGCGGUUCGAAUCCCCGCGACGGGGUGAGCUCCUGUUGCUCUGUCCCAGUUCCUGCCAACCUAGCAGUUCGAAAGCACACCAGUGCAAGUAGAUAAAUAGGUACCGCUCCAGCGGGAAGGUAAACGGUGUUUCCAUGCGCUCUGGUUUCCGUCAUGGUGUCCCGUUGCACCAGAAGCGGUUUAGUCCUGCUGGCCGCAUGACCCGGAAAGCUGCCUGUGGACAAACGCCGGCCUGAAAGCGAGAUGAGCGCCGCAACCCCAUCGUCAGCUUUGACUGGACUUAACCGUCCACGGGGCCUUUACCUUUACUAGAUAUAUAGGUAUAUAUAUAUCUCAUCUGAUCUGACAAUACUCUUUAUUAAAAGUUUCCAGGGGUCCUUUUACCAUUACCUUUUUUUAAUAACAAUGUUCUGGAUUUGCAUUUCCACUGAAAGUGGUUAAUCUUCUCCAGCCAUUGGCGUUAACUGUGGCCUGCUGUUCUGCUGCUUUUGUAUUGUCAAUGCAUUGUUUCCAUUUCUACAGAAAGUGGAUCUCACCAGCAAGGCUGUUACAGAAGUCUUGGCUAGGACUACGGAAUACCUCCAGCCCAAUCCUGGUAAGGCCCUUUGCCAUGGCUAAGCUUUCCCCCCCCACACACAUAUUUUGUGAAUUUUGUCUAGAAUUGCUUCUUUUUUUAAAAAAAAAAAAAGCAUUUGCUUUCUGAAACGAAUUCUACAGUGGUGCCUCGCAAGACGAAAUUAAUCCGUUCCGCGAGUGUCCUCGUCUAGCGGUUUUUUCGUCUUGCGAAGCAACCCUAUUAGCGGCUUAGCAGAUUAGCGCUAUUAGCGGUUUAGCGGCUAUUAAAGGCUUAUCGGCUUAGCGGAUUAGCUGCUAAAAGGCUAUUAAAGGCUUAGCGGCUUAGAUAAAGGGGGGGGGAAGCGAAAAAAAAUCUCAAGACUCGCAAGACAUUUUCGUCUUGCGAAGCAAGCCCAUAGGGAAAUUCGUCCUGCGAAGCAACUCAAAAACGGAAAACCCUUUCGUCUAGCGGGUUUUCCGUCUUGCGAGGCAUUCGUCUUGCGGGGCACCACUGUACUUCCUUCCUUGAGACCUUCUUGGACUCCAGCUCCCAGCAGUCAGCGCAGCCAGCGGUAGGGAAUGAUGGGAGCUGGAGUCCGACAACACCAGGCAUAGGCAAACUCGGCCCUCCAGAUGUUUUGGGACUACAACUCCCAUCAUCCCUAGCUAGCAGGACCAGUGGUCAGGGAUGAUGGGAGUUGUAGUCCCAAAAACAUCUGGACGGCCGAGUUUGCCUGUGCCUGGACAACAUCCACAGCCCCCAUUCCCCAGCACCCCAGAGUUUUUAAAAAAAGACAGCACAUAAAACAGCUCGGUGGCUUGUUGCUAGACAAGAGGCGGUGCUCUUCCAGCAGAAAGCUGUGAUUUUGAUGUGGAACAUCUGCAUGGGAAUUUUGGCACUUCGCUCGGGUGGAAAAAAACAGCACAACCCAUUUCUGCAGCCAGAAAGGGACGGGUGGUUUUGUUUCACUUAACGUUGCUCGAUGCAACGUGAAAUCAUCUGGCGUAAUGGAGUCGCCUGCAUCUUAUUCUGUAGCUGGUGCUAUGCGCGCGCGCACACACACACACACACACACACACACCAUUUUUUCACUGAUACCACGGUCUCUGACUCUUGUUUUGUUUUUGCUUAUACCUCUGUGUGUGAUUUUUCUUACUUGAUCUGUAUUUUGUGGUCACGGGGGGAAACAGUUUUUUGCUGAGUUUUCGUGGCGACUUCUUUGACUGCUUUUUGGUGAUCGGAUCCCGGUUUAAUCAGCCGGGAUGUGCUUGGGCUAUGUGCGCUCGCACCCUGCCCCUAUUUCAUUUAUUCCUGUCGGUGGCUCUUGCAUCGCCUCGCAUUCCAAAGGAAGUCUCUUAAGCGGCUUGCGACAUCCUAAAAAUAUCGGAAAUAAAAAGCUAGAUACAAAAACUGCAGUGGGAGGGGAAAUCCACAUUUUAGAGUAGCGGAAGGAACACUUUUAAGACAGUACUUUUGUACUGUUUUAUUGUUUUAGCCGCCCUGAGCCCGGCUUCAGCUGGGGAGGGCGGGAUAUAAAUAUUAUUAUUAUUAUUAUUAUUAUUAUUAUUAUUAUUAUUAUUAUCCAACUGAGCAGGCUCUUGAGAAGGUGUGCUAUUUAAACCUUCCCCCUCUCCCACCUUUUCAGAGUCAGAAGUCCCGAGGGGUAGCCCGGUGCCAGAUAACUUCAUGGCCCAGAAAUAUUGCACAGUACCUCUCUUCUGCCUGCAGGGAGGACUCAAAUCUAAGAAAAUGGGGGGAGAUAGCACAGAGUUGUUGAGUUUUUUUUGCUGUGAUUUACCCAGGGUUGUUGAGGGACGCGGGUGGCGCUGUGGGUUAAACCAAUAAAGCGAGAUGAGCGCCGCAACCCCAGAGUCGUCCGCGGCUGGACCUAAUGGUCAGGGGUCCCUUUACCUUUACCCAGGGUUGUGGAGCUUUUUUUAGGGGAGUUUGCCAAAAAAUAGCUCACCUGCAGAAGCUGCCAAUCGCCCACCCAACUGCCAGUGCCAGGGCGUCAGCCAAUCAACACCACCCAUUGACACAGCAACCAAUAACACGCACAAUAGCAGCUGACAUCCUCGGCAACAGCCAAUCAAACAUCCACCCUAUGCGCUACCCAUGUAUAAGAUGACCCGCACUUUUUAGCAUGAUUUUUAAAGGGGGGGGGGGAAGUACGGUAAGUCUCAUUCACUGCCCUGCUACCCCCUCCUGCGUCUCACUGGUAAAUAGCUCCCAUAAGCUGCUGGGAGUGAAAAGGUUUCUCCAGACCUGCCUGAAAACAUGCACAGUAUUCCCCUGUACACCUACAUUUUUAGUAGGCAAUAAUGGGCGAGCUCAUGCUGUCUUUUGGGGGAGAUAGGCCCACCAUUAACCACUUUUCCCACGGAGAAACAAGUGGCUUAUAGAAGGUCAGUUUGUCGACCUCCACCAGAGUUUGCAAAUCAAGACCCAACCUGCAGUUCUCCUACAAAGCUAAGCUAGUUCCCAGAAACGUUUGGCGCAUGGCUAUGAGACCUUUCCUCUUUGGCUUCCUAUUGUUCGCCUAAGUGUUAAAAGAAUAAAAAUAAAACCAUCGCCACGGCCCUUUAGGCAAUUUGUGGGUAAAACGAGCCAACGAUGGCUGGUGCCGGGAGAGUGGGAAUGCCAAUGGAGAGCCGAAACACAGGAAGGCAGCACAGUUUGGUGAACAGGACCGUCGGGAGUGAGUCAGGCCACUGGGCCCAUCGAGCUCACAAGGAGCAACAGCUGCUCUCUCAAGAGAUUCAGUCUUUCCCCAGCUCUGCAUGGAGCCAGUGGGGAUCAAACCUGCGAGGCUCUGCAUACAAGGCUCUAACCGUGGCGUUACAGCCUUUCCCCGUAACUUCUGGGGAAACACUGGGUUCAAAAACACUGGGCAGGCCUGCACCCUAGAUUUUGACCAUGGUUAAAAAGUAACCCUGACUCCUUCCGAACCAGGGUUUGCUAACUGUUCCAGAAUGGGGUGGGAACUUGGGGACAGAGGGCUCUGCCUUCCACCAGGGUUUCCUAAAGUUGGGUCUUCAGCUGUUUUUGGACUACAACUCCCAUCAUCCAUAGCUAGCAAGUCCACCGGCCAGGGACUAUGGGAAUUGUAGUCCGAAAACAGCCAGAAAGAUUGGGAAGCCCCGAUCUACACCGACUAUCAGUGGCUUAGCAGGGUUUUGGACACGAUUCCCCCCCCCCCAGCCCUACCGGGAGAUGCUGAAACAUCAUGGGCUGGUUGGACGCAGAGGAAUAGUAGGGGAAACCAGCUGGGGAAUCCCCAAGGCAAGAAGGCUCAGAGCCAGGGGAUGGGUGGUGGGACAACGGUGAGUGGUCAGAGGGAGAAGACUGGGAGGAGAAGCUGAAGGGGUAACAGGAUUUAGUGAGUGGGAGGAGACUGUGGCAGAGCGAGGUCCAGGCAGGAGAGGAGGGAGGCCAAGAGGCAAAGAUGAGUCCAGCUGGGUAAGAGUCUCAGGUGUCUCCUCCCCUUCCUGCAGCGACAAGCUCCCUUUCCCAGAACCAGAAGAGGGCUGAAAUGGGUGGAGUAGCGGCGGGCUGCACACAGGCACAGUCUCUGAUUGCUUGGGGGAAAGCCCUGGAGAGGAGGGUGUUAAGUUGCGGGUGAACAUAUCAGACGACACAGCGAUUCUUCAAACAGCUCUUGUUUAUUCAGAGGCCAGAACAGAACUGAACUGAAGGGCUCAGUCAGCCUGCUUAUAUAGAGCUCCAGUACAACGUUACUGUAGCAACUUCCUAAAACUAUCCAAUCACUGAACGUCACUUUCGAUCCUUCAUUUGCAUAACUAUCUACAGUAUCCCCCUGCUGGCCCAGGGUGAGAACUUCAGUACAUAACAGAGGGGAUUUAGACUAAGGUUACCAGACAUCCCCAGGAACAGUCCCUGGAUUUACAAAUCAGUCCCCAUACAAAAUCCAUUGAAGUUGAAAAGUGUCCCCAGAUUCAUUGAAAAACAUCUGGUAACCUUAACUUAGACGGCUGUGGGGAGGUGGGGACUUUCAGCCUCGGCAACUGAUUCACGGGGUAAUGAUAAUAAUAAUAAUAAUAAUAAUAAUAAUAAUAAUAAUAAUAAUAAUAAAUUUAUAUCCCGCCCUCCCCAGCCAAAGCCGGGCUCAGAGCAGCUAACAACAGUAAAAUAAUACAGCACUCUAAAAUCAAUUCAUUAUAAAAUCAGUUCAAAUCAAACUGAUGGCAACCGUUGGGCUAGAGUUCUGUGAGGAUAACCAAAGGAGGGAGUCAGGCUGCGCCCUGGCCAAAGGCCUGGUGGAACAGCUCUGUCUUGCAGGCCCUGCGGAAAGAUGUCAAGUCCCGCAGGGCCCUAGUCUCUUGUGGCCUUCUUCUCCUGAAGAUGUCCCGCGAGGCACUGGAGGUUUAGGAUCAGAGUUUUCCUUUUCCUAGAUAUGCCCUAAAUGUCUUACUGCAUUCAAUGAAGUUUGCUAGAGUUCACCUUUUACUGGAAGAUUAUGAUUAGCAUCGUGUCUGAUCGCCAUCAGUUUUUAAAAUUUUAAAACAAACUUUAAGCUGAGCUGACAGCCAGCAGACUUCUGUUCUCAAAUUUUAUGGGGCUUAAAAACAUUAUUCAUUCUCUACCUUCUUGGCCCCUAAACAGUUUCCGGGAUGAGCUGCUGUGCGCAUUAGACCUGACACCCAGCCAAACCUGAGGAUAUCAUUCUUUUGCUAAUAAAGAGUUAACUCCCAACUUUGAACUGCUCUUUGACAUGGGGUUGAGGGCUUGAACCUGUUUCUUUCUGCACCACGCAGGGCAGAUAUUCUGCCACUGAGCUGUGGCUCUUUUCCCCAAAAUAAAGCCUUUGUGGUUCCGAUAGAGCACAUGAUUUUGGGAGCACAGGAAGUUGCUUGAGAACUGAGUCGAGGCCACUGGCCUGUCCAGCCCAAUAUCGCCUGUGCUGACCGUGGCGUUCCAGGGUUUCAGGAAGAGAAGGGGUCUUCCCCACCCCCCCGUUUGCUGACCCGUCCCUUUGAGCUGAAGGUGGCUUUCGACGCGCACUGUGUUUUUUGCUGCUGAGCCAGCCGGCAAGGCGGUCCGCGCGGCCUGCUCCCGAUUCUUGGCUUUUGGGUUGCAUUCCAGCAGGCUUCCCGUAACCACUUCUGCAAAGAGGACCCCAGGGAUUAAUUUGGAUCUUUGCCAGAAGAUCAGGGAGUCUGUAGCUUUCGCGCGCACACACCCCUCUCACUUCUGGCAAGUUCCGGGCUGGACUAUUUUCUGCCUGCGAUCCUGGAAAAACGACCAUUACCUGAUAUUUUGGGGUUGUUCUAAGACAAUAGAUUUUUUUUUUCUUGGCCGCCAAGGCUGCCUCUCCUGUUUCCCUCCCCUGCUUAAUUAUUGGCAAUCGCCUUGACUCGUUGGCAAGACGGUCUGAUGGAAACUCUCGUGUGGCUGCCAUCCAUUGCUGUCAACCGUCCCUUAUUUGGUGGGAAAGUCCCUUAUCCCAGCGCCGUGUCCCGGUGCUGUCCCUUAUUGAUGAUGUCCCUUAAAUUUCCCGGGUUUCAAAGGAAGCAGCUCCUCUCCCUCCCUCCCUGCCAGCCAGGGAGGAGGGAGGCUCCAACUGUGUUGCUUGGCGGCCCGGCCCGCCCCCCUCCGGCCUCUUCUCACCAGCCUCGGCCCCCGGGAGCUCCUCCCCAACGGGACUGGCGGGAGCCUCGGGCCCUUCCGCCACCAUCCUCCUCGCAGCCACCGAACUGAGUGUCUCUGCCUGGGGCCUCCCCUCUGCCCAUUGCCGCCGCUCCCACUAGGCCGUACUGCGGCUGCGCCACCAAAGGACCUGGAUGAGAUGGGCAGCCUGGCACGGCCCAUGAAUUGCUGAGGAGCCUUGAGAGGAGAGCAAGGGCAACCAUAGAGAAAGAAGUUCAGAGAGAGGAGGAAGAGGCGGAGGCGUGGGCAGGUGUUCCAAAGGCUACAAGGGAAGGACCGCAAGCGCUUCUCCCAUAGAUUUGUAGUGGUAGACUAGCAUAGAUGGUCUGAUCUGCAGGUUUACUUUGGGUGCUAUCUCCCCCCCCUCCUCCCGCCCCACCUGAUGGAACUGAGAGCUGCAGAUGGAGCACAAGAGAAAAGAUACAGAACUGCAGCAGCAUCUUUGUAGCUUGGACUUCGUUUUGCGCGAAAAGUGGUUGCUGCUUGUAGUUAUUUACUGUAUUUUUUGCUCUAUAGGAUGCACUUUUUCCCCUCCAAAAAUUAAGGGGAAAUGUGUGUGCGUCCUGUGGAGCGCAUGCAGGCUCCUUGGCUUCAGCGAUAGCAAUGCAAAGCGCAGAGGGAGCACUCCCUCAGCGCUCCGGAGGCUUUGCGUUGCUUUUGCUGAAGCCUGGAGAGCGAGAGGGGUCGGCGCACACCGCCUGAAGCCUUUGGAGCGCAGCGGGAACUCGCGCUGCGCUCCGAAGGCUUCGGGUUCCUUUAGCUGAAGCCGGGAGAGCAAGACUCUCCUGGCAUCAGCAGAGAGAGAGAGCUGCGCAGCGCCCCUUCAGCCAAGCAGGAGGAGAAAUGGAAGGGGCUCCGUUUCUCCUACCGCUUCGCUGAAGGGGCGCUGAGCAGAGAGGGGGAGAUUUUUUUUUCUUGUUCUCCCCCUCUAAAACAAGGUGCAUCCUAUGGUCGGGUGUAUCCUAUAGAGCGAAAAAUACGGUGAUUUCAGUAUUUCAUCGGCUGGUGUCUUGAGCAGCAACCUCUGGAAACGAAGGGCUAAAAACCAGCGCUGCUCCCUGAAAUUAUCUGGUCCCUUUUCACUUCGUAUUUCAGCUGGUUGACUAAAAUCCCUUAUUUUGGCUGCUGAUCCCUUAUUUUCGAGGCUGCUGGUCCCUUAUUUUCAAAUCUGUAAGUUGACAGCUAUGCUGCCGUCUCUUUUCUACACCAGCGUCCCGGGCCAAGCUGACCAUGCUGAACACCAUGUCCAAAAUCCGAGGGCAAGUGAAGAACCCAGGCUACCCGCAGUCGGAAGGCCUUCUAGGAGAGACCAUGAUCCGUUACGGCAAGGAGCUGGGCGAAGACUCCAAUUUCGGUGAGGGCGCCCUACCCAUAUUAUUAAUAUUAUUAUUAGGUUGCUUGGUUGGCAUCCGUCUGUGUCUCAGGUGACAAUGGAAGAGGGUACUUUAACCAUUGGAGAGUUACAGCGCCUCCUGUGGCCAUAGAGACCACUACAGGAGAGACAUGUUUUGUUGCAGCUGGGGCAGAGAGAGGCGUCCCCUACCUGCAAACUUCCCCAUGCAGAGCAGACACUGUGUCGCUGAACGGUGGCCUCUCCGGUCUCACCCUUGUGGAUUUUGCAUAGCCUUGUCAAGGCUGCUUUGCUUUCUUGCUUUCCUUUUAUUUCUUUUAUCUUUAAAAGAUAUUUUGUUGGGUUUUUUUAGAAUAGAUUUUAUUUGAUUUUACAAAUUCCUUUGCACUCCUGAUCACAAAAAAAAAAUAAAUUAAAAUUGCACAAGAUUCUUUCGAAUCUCAAAACGUCCCUCCUCCCCUCUGUGGGUUCUUUAAGUAACUUUUAUAACUGUGUAUUAUAAGUCCUUCUUAUUUACAGGGAUGCAAAUGAAUGAAUGGGACACGGGUGGCGCUGUGGGUUAAACCACAGAGCCUAGGACUUGCUGAUCAGAAGGUCGGCGGUUCGAAUCCCCGCGACGGGGUGAGCUCCCGUCGCUCGGUCCCUCUCCUGCCCACCUAGCAAUUCGAAAGCACGCCAGUGCAAGUAUAUAAAUAGGUACCGCUCCGGCGGGAAGGUAAACGGCGUUUCCGUGCGCUGCUCUGGUUCACCAGAAGCGGCUUAUUCAUGCUGGCCACAUGACCCAGAAGCUGUACGCCGGCUCCCUCGGCCAAUAAAGCGAGAUGAGCGCCGCAACUCCAGUCGGCUAUGACUGGACCUAAUAGUCAGGGGUCCCUUUACCUUUACCUUAUUGUAUCCAAAGUCUAUGGUUCAUUGCAAGAGUUAUUUAAAACCUGCCAAAGAGUGUUUACAGGGGUCUUUCAGAUACAAUAUAAAUUUUCCCCAUUCUUUUGAUCCUCCUGAUUUCUGAUUUUCCCGGUUAAUCUUGCCAUCUCUGUGUAAUCCAAUAGUUUCAUCUGCCAGUCCAUCCUAGUAGGUAUCUCGUCGUCUUUCCAACUCUGGGCAAGCAGCAUCCUUGCAGCUGUCUUAGCGUACAUAAACAAUCUUUUCCAUUCCUUUGGUAUAAAGGUAAAGGGACCCCUGACCAUUAGGUCCAGUCGUGACCGACUCUGGGGUUGCGGCGCUCAUCUCGCUUUACUGGCCGAGGGAGCCGGCGAACAGCUUCCGGGUCAAGUGGCCAGCAGGACUAAGCCGCUUCUGGUGAACCAGAGCAGUGCACGGAAACGCCGUUUCCCUUCCCGCCGGAGUGGUACCUAUUUAUCUACUUGCAUUUUGAUGUGCUUUCGAACUGCUAGGGGACCGAGCAACAGGAGCUCACCCCGUCGCGGGGAUUCGAACAGCCAACCUUCUGUUCGGCAAGUCCUAGGCUCUGUGGUUUAACCCACAGCGCCACCUGCAUACUUUCCUUUUAACCAGCUAUCUUGUCUCUCCCUUCAUCCCCGCUCUCCCGGCGCUGCUGUUUCCCUUUCGCCCCGCACGAAGGCGACGCACUUCUCGACGCUGGCGAGUCCAUGAAGCGCUUGGCCGAGGUUAAGGACUCUCUGGACAUCGAGGUCAAGCAGAACUUUAUCGACCCCCUUCAGAACUUGUGCGACAAGGACUUGAAAGAGAUCCAGGUAACCGCGGUUGCACUUGAUAGGAUAAGAACGUAGGUAGCUGCCUUGUCGUCGGGGUCCAUGCUGAGGAGCAGGAGGACAGUAUAAAUUUGGAGCAGUGGUUUGCAGAGGGGCAUAGUGUAGAAGACAGAAGUUGGGAAGAACUGGGAGGUGAACAGCUAGGAGGAGAAGAACUGGGAGAAAGAGAGUUUUUUUAAAAAAAAAAUACCAUAUUUUUUGCUCUAUAAAACUCACUUUUUCCCCUCCUAAAAAGUAAGGGGAAAUGUGUGUGCAUCUUAUGGAGCGAAUGCAGGCUGCGCAGCUAUCCCAGAAGCCAGAACAGCAAGAGGGAUUGCUGCUUUCACUGCGCAGCGAUCCCUCUUGCUGUUCUGGCUUCUGGGAUUCAGAAUAUUUUUUUUCUUGUUUUCCUCCUCCAAAAACUAGGUGCAUCUUGUGGUCUGGUGCGUCUUAUAGAGCGAAAAAUACGGUGUUUAAUCAUUUUUUCGAUACAAACAACAACCGCAAAAGAGACUACAACGAAAACCAUAAUACAGUGGUACCUUGGGUUAAGUACUUAAUUCGUUCCGGAGGUCUGUUCUUAACCUGAAACUGUUCUUAACCUGAAGCACCACUUUAGCUAAUGGGGCCUCCUGCUGCCACCGCGCCGCCGGAGCCCAAUUUCUGUUCUUAUCCUGAAGCAAAGUUCUUAACCUGAAGCACUAUUUCUGGGUUAGCGGAGUCUGUAACCUGAAGCAUAUGUAACCUGAAGCGUAUGUAACCCGAGGUACCACUGUAACAAUAACACAAUUUGACAAUUCAGAUUUAAAUACACUGAUAUACCUACGACUGCACCCUUUUAACAUUAUUUCCCCACCUCUCUCUCCUCCCCCCACUAUCCGCCUCAUCGCUUAAAUAUUCAUUCCAGAUUUCUACCUAUUUAUCCAUUCUUAAUUUUCGUCGACGUGCAAUUCGUUCAUAUGACAGCUAAUCUGUCUAUAUUAUCAAUCCAUGUGCUCAAUGGAAUCUCUUCCAAUUCAUCAAAACAAGUUUUUUUGCUUUAAUAUAGCACGGUACAUCCAUUAUUUUAUUUGACCCCUUGAAAUCUUAACUGGGAGAGAGAGAGUUAACAGUCUCACUUUCUCUGGAAAGCGUCCACCUGCUCAGCCCAAGGAGAGCAGAUACCGUAUUUUUCACUCUAUAAGACGCACCAGACCACAAGACGCACCUAGUUUUUGGAGGAGGAAAUCAAGAAAAGAAAUUCUGAAUCUCAGAAGCCAGAAGAUCAAGAGGGAUCGCUGAGCAGUGAAAGCAGCAAUCCCUCUUGCUGUUCUGGCUUCUGUGAUAGCUGCGCAGCCUGCAUUCGCUCCAUAAGACGCACACACAUUUCCCCUUCCUUUUUAGGAGGGAAAAAGUGAGCCUUAUAGAGCAAAAAAUACAGUAAGUUGACUGCACAGAAAGCACAGUGGUCAUGAUAGCAGGUUGCAAGAGGUGGGAGUGACGGGGGUGACAAGGGGGGCAGUGGGUGGAACCCUUAAUUGGGAGCACCUCAUCCCUAGGAAUGCAUGUUUUGUCCUCUUACAGUAAUCAUUAAAACUUUGAACUGGUAAGAGACUCCUUUCGCUUUGUUCUGCCUAUCUACUGCCAAAGGGCAGCGAGGAAGCAGAGUCCCUGAAGCCUGACACUUGUGCUGGUCUGCCCGGCUCAGUAUUGUCUACACAGACUGGCAGCAGCUCUCCAGAGUUUAAAACGGGUUUCCCACUCCCAGACGAUGUCGGGAAUUUGAACCCGGGACCUUCUGUAUGCAGAGCAGAGGCUGUGCUUUUGGCUUUGGGGGAUCUCUCAAAGGGCUUUUUAUGCAGCUGUGCCAUUUCAUCUAUUUGUUUUGCAUAACGAUUGCCUAUAUUUUUCAUUGUGGUACAGGC